AUGAGAUUAUCUUCUUAUUUUUUGUAUGGUAAAAAUUUUUUAAAAGUUUUUAAUAAAGAAAAUGGACUAAUAUGUGGAACAUUUUUAAGCAAUAGAGCAAAAAAUAAUGAGAUAAAAAAAAUUAUGUUAAAAGAUAAAAGAAAAUAUUUCACAUCAUUAUAUAAUAACUUAAAUGAAAAAAAAAAUAUAAUACGGGAAAUUGAUGAUUUAUAUGAUAACAUAAUAACAAGCAAUUGGAACGAUUCAUUCAAUUUAGUUUUAAACGUUUCUAUAUGGGAAGGAAUAUUGAAUUCUAUAGAAGAAAAAAUAAAAGGAUAUGAAUAUGACAAUGAAGUAAUGAAAAAAAAGAAAGAAAUAAAUGAACUCUUUGAUGUGCUAUUUAUUUUAGAAGAUUUACGAGAUCAUAUAAAUGAAAUUCUUGAACAGUCAUCUCGUUCAAGUGGUUUAGCUGGAACGCAUAUAUUAAGUUCUUUUAAAAUUGAAAAUAUUAAUGAACAUAUAAAUUUUUUAAAAAAAAAAUAUGAAGAUUUGUUGUUAACAUACCCUUCAUAUAAUUAUCAAAUUAAAUUGGUAUUAGGUAGAGGAUUAGCUCUAUUAAGACAAAGAUAUAAUUUUGAAUGGAAAUAUAUGCAUGAAUUUUUUUUUUAA